AUGACAGAGAAAGUAAUGGUUAGUGCUCUAUGCUGGGUCCCCCGCGGCCGCAGCGAGCGUUUCCCCCGCAGCUGUAUACUGGAGGAGCAGGACGUGUCAGUGCUGCUGCAGCAGCAGCAGCAGCAGCAGCAGCAAGCCAACAGCAGCAGCAGCAGCAGCAGCAGCAGCAGCAGCAGCAGCAGCAAGAAGCAGCAGCAAAGGCUGCUGCGGCAGCAAGCAGCAGCAGAAAAAGAAGAAAGCGAUUACACAGAUUCUGAGAACAGCAUGGAGGAGGAUGAGGAGGAAGAGGAUGACGAAGAAGACGGUAAACCCUAA